CAAAUGUGUAAUUUGAUCCAUAAAAAGUCAAAUUAGACAAUAAUUUUGGGACAAAAUUUUUUGGGCAAAGUGGACAAUAAUUAUGGGAUGGAGGGAGUAUAAGGUAUUUUGAUUUUAUCCUAGAUUUAAUUUAAGAUAUUUUUUAAUUAAAAAAAACCUUAAAAAUAUAUUUUCACAUUCGCUGUGUUCUCUUAAUUUUUAUGAAAUAUUUUUAAAGGUUUUUAUUUCAAUUAAAAAUAUAUCAUAAAUGAAACUUAUGACGAAAUCAAAAUGCCUUAUAAUAAGGAUUGGGGGAGUAUUAGAUUAAGAAAGCUUGCCAAGUUUGCACUGUAUGCAUUUAUCAAUUUUUAACAUUCGAGAUAAUAACUUUGAAAAUGGAGUCUCCGAUUAUGAAUUUUUAUUUUUUAACUUUUCUUAUAAAUCCAUUUAAAUUUACACGUGAAUACCUCAAAAUUAAUUGACAAUAAAAGAAAUAACAAUGAAAUGAGAUGUACUAUAUGUUAGUCAAUAUGUUUUACAGGUUUCAAUGCAGGACAAAUGUAUUUCACUUAUUUAAUUAUUUUCAUGUUCGAAAGGAUUUUAAUAGUUUUUAUGCUCAAAAUUUAAAACCAUUCAGGCCUCGUAUUUGUAAAAGUGAGUUAUUUUUUUCUAAAAAAAAUAAAAUCAUAUAUUCGGUUAUUGAUUUACUCCCUCGGUUCAUUUUUAAAAACAAAUAAAAAUCAGAUAUUCAUUUAGCUGGAUGUCUAACUUGAUCAACAAAAGUAAUUGAAUAUAGCUAGUAUUUUAAAAUAUCCCCAUUAAUCACAUAGUUAAUUUUUUAGGGUAAUCCAUAGUUAAAGAGUAUUAGAGAGGGUAAAUUUUUUAUUCUAAAAAAUUAUUGGACGCCUUCAUAAGGAAAUUGAAAAAUUCUUAUAGAUUGGAAUUUCAAAAAAGAAAAAAGGUAUAAUAAAGUACAGGAUAUUGUCUUAUAGUAGCAAAAACUUUGUUGGUUAUGAUGUGGAUUUCUACCCUUUAUCAAAAAAAGUAAAAGGAAAUUUAAAAAGAAAAUAAGAAGUUACUGUACUCUGCUAAAAUAUAUUGAUCGUUGAUUAAUUAAUAGAUAACGAAAUUGUAACUACUGUAUAAGUUUAUAUAAGUUUAUAGUGUCGAUUAUUGAAUUCUAGCUCUGUAAUCACUUUCCAACUCCAUUUUCUUAAUUUUUCCUACUCGUAAUGGUGUUAUACUUGCGUACUACCCUUAAAUCUUUGAUAAAUGUGUUAUGUAUUGUAACUUUAAUAAUAUAUUAUCAAUAAUUCUAUGUCAUUCUCUGUUACAAGAUUUUUGUUAAAAAAAUGUAGUUCUAUUUAAUGUUUUUGUACUAAAAUUAAAAUUCAAAUAAGAACGGAAAGAGUAAGUAACAUAAUAUAUGCUAUGUACUUUCCCUUAAUGGUGUUACAUGAUAAUACAGCACACUUAUGACAAUACUUAAUAUUUGUGUAAGUUAAGUUGAUUGAAGUUCCAUUGAUUUAUUUUCAAAGGUUGAAUAGUUAUUAAUAAACCACCCUGCUGAUUAUGGGAAGGCAACAUGAACAAAGAAGAUGUGGCACAGUGGCAGUGCGGCCACUAGUUAGUGACAUGGCAGCUAGCCAGCUGGUAAUGUCCAGCCCAAAACCAUUACGCGACACGCGCCCAAGGUCCAACUCUCCACAUCAUCAUGGCUCAUUAUUUCAGGCUAAAAGAGUAGGUUGGCCACACAAAAAAGUGCACACACACGCACACACACACACACACAAACUCCAUUAACAGACAAGACAUUCGUAGAAUUAAAAUGUCAGUUAAACCCGUAAUGACAGAAACCCCCAACGACCGCGGUUUUCCCACGCAUUUCUUUCUGUCAGAUCUCUUCCUUAAAUUGCCCUUAAUAACCAGUUAGGAUCCUAAGACAGACAACUCUUCCUAAGACUCUUAAGACUGUUCCCAAUACCGUUGUCUCGUUGUUAUUAUUUUCGUUAGUUACUUCAUAUCCUAAUAAUGAGUAACAAUCCUUGGGGUAAGCAAGAAAAUGACCCCGACAACCCAUCACCCUAUAGUUUUUUUAACGUUUGGCAGGGUGAGGGUCAGCCUCAACCCCCAGCCGCCGCCUCUGCCUCCGCUCGCUCACCCAGUGGAUCUAACUCCCGGAGGCACCCUUCCUACCGUGGAAUCCGUUUCAGGAGUGGAAAGUGGGUCUCCGAAAUUCGUGAACCCCGUGGGACUAGCCGCAUUUGGCUAGGUACUUUUUCAUCUCCUGAAAUGGCGGCUGCUGCAUACGACGUCGCCACAUUAGCCCUGAGGGGGCCGGAUGCGGUGCUCAAUUUUCCUCACUUAGCUCCCACGUACCCGGUACCGGCAUCUCUCUCCGCCCAGGACAUUCAGGCGGCCGCCGCAGCUGCUGCUUCUGCUCUAGCACCGCAGCAGCAGCAGCCGGCCUGUCAUCAACCACCCGAUAGCACUCGCGAAAUAACUGCAGGUUCCUCCUCGCAGUUUGUUGACGAGGAGGAGUUGUUUGACAUGCCAAACUUGCUGAGGGACAUGGCCGGGGGAAUGCUUGUUAGCCCCCCGAGAAUGAAGUCUGGCGAUUCUGACGACUCACCAGAUAAGCGGAAAAGGAAGAUGGACGAACCACCAAAACCACGGGAUACCCAUACAAAGAGGAUGAACCGUCGAUCACCAGUUGGAAGGGAUGACUAAACACGCUACAAUGGCAUUGCGGGGGUGCAAAAUUCAUAGGUUUAUUACUUGGGUUGGACUUACAACUCUGCAUAUUAAUUCAAACUUGUUUUAAAGUUCGUUUGUGUCUGUACCAUGAACUCUGUAGUGAUUUAUCUUAAUCCGCAUACAUUACAUGGGACGUCAAUUCAGAAUGGAGGCCCCAUGUAUUUCAAUUAUUUUUCAACCAGUCUUUGCUAAAAUUUCGAGACUUUUAUAACUUUUGAGACAUUGUAAUCGAGUACCAUUUUAUCAUCAAAACUUAAUUUAAUGACUGGGGGGUGGACAAUUGAGGAAAAGUCAAUUGAUGUGACAGCGAUGCUGAUUGCUGAGCUGAGAUAAAGGAUUUUGAUCUUCUGAAUCAAGGGGCAGAUUAAUAGCGAAUCCCCAAAAUUAUGUGGUCCCUAAUUAUUUAUUUCACUGCCAAACAACAAACGGAGAGGAACAAUUUGAGAUCAAAUCAUGAACUCACACAAUAGUUGAAUCGCGUCUAACAUGUGUCCGACCGGUCGCUCAAGCUACAGGCUUACAGCCCAAUUAUUAUUUUUAAUUUUAAAAUAUCUUUCCCGUCAUGAGGGAAUACUGUUAAGGUGUGUUAAGGUGUAUUAUCUGUCUUACAUCGCCACCGUGAAAAGAAGUAACUCAGUAUAUAAGUUCUAAAGGCCACCCAACUCAUUGUCAAUUGGUUUUGAGAUGAGAGACCAAUGUACUUAUAUACUUUGACAUGGAAUCAGAG